AUGUCUCCAGUUCCCAUGGAUGUGUAUUCAAAUGGAAAUGUGAAAAAUCUUGAGACAGCAUCCACCACUGUUCAAAUUGAUGACUCUGAUUUUUUGAGGUUAUUGGACAGACCCAGACCCAUCAGCAUAGAAAGGAAUAGAUCAUUUGAAGAGAAGUCAUUCAAUGAAUUGUCUUCCACUCUAUCGCCCCUUCUUUUUCAUAGAAAUGUGGAGAAGAACUCCUUCCACAUAUUUGACCUUCUUGAUCACACAUUUUCUCCUGUUAGGUCCAGUUUGAACACACCCAGAUCAAACCAUUGCUUUGAGCCACAUCCUGUGUUCACUGAUGCAUGGGAGGCUUUGAGGCGUUCACUGGUUUACUUCCGUGGACAACCGGUUGGGACCAUCGCUGCGAUCGACCAUUCUUCUGAUGAACUUAACUAUGAUCAGGUGUUUGUGAGAGACUUUGUCCCUAGUGCUUUGGCUUUCUUGAUGAAUGGAGAACCUGAAAUAGUUAAGAAUUUCAUCUUGAAAACUCUUCGUCUCCAAUCAUGGGAGAAAAAGGUUGACCAGUUCAAGCUAGGAGAAGGAGUAAUGCCAGCAAGCUUUAAAGUAUUUCACGACCCUGUGAGGAACUAUGAGACCCUAAUUGCAGAUUUUGGCGAGAGUGCAAUUGGAAGAGUGGCGCCUGUUGAUUCUGGAUUUUGGUGGAUCAUAUUACUUCGUGCCUAUACAAAGUCCACAGGGGACUCUUCCUUAGCUGAGAUGCCUGAGUGCCAAAGGGGCAUGCGUCUUAUCCUGAGUCUAUGUCUUUCAGAAGGCUUUGAUACAUAUCCAACUCUUCUCUGUGCUGAUGGCUGUUGUAUGAUUGACCGCAGAAUGGGUGUAUAUGGGUAUCCUAUUGAAAUACAAGCACUUUUCUUUAUGGCUUUAAGAUGUGCAUUGCUUUUGCUUAAGCAAGAUGAUAAGGGCAAGGAGUUCGUGGAGCUAAUAUCUAAACGCCUCCAUGCUUUAAGCUACCACAUGCAAAGCUACUUUUGGCUGGACAUAAAGCAGCUCAAUGAUAUAUAUCGGUAUAAAACAGAGGAGUACUCUCAUACAGCAGUUAAUAAAUUCAAUGUAAUGCCCGAUUCUCUUCCGGAUUGGGUGUUUGAUUUCAUGCCAAGUCGUGGUGGUUACUUCAUCGGAAAUGUAAGUCCUGCGAAAAUGGAUUUCCGUUGGUUUUGCCUGGGAAAUUGUGUUGCAAUCUUGUCGUCUUUGGCAACUCCUGAGCAAUCUUCAGCCAUCAUGGAUCUUAUUGAAUCACGCUGGCAAGAGUUGGUUGGAGAAAUGCCACUUAAGAUCUGUUAUCCAGCCUUUGAAAGUCAUGAAUGGAGAAUUGUCACUGGCUGUGACCCUAAGAAUACAAGGUGGAGUUACCACAAUGGCGGAUCCUGGCCAGUGCUUAUAUGGCUUCUUACCGCCGCAUGUAUUAAGACUGGACGUCCACAGAUUGCAAGACGAGCCAUUGAACUAGCUGAGAGCCGGUUGUUAAAAGAUAACUGGCCGGAGUAUUAUGAUGGCAAACUUGGUCGGUAUAUUGGAAAGCAGGCUCGUAAGUUCCAGACCUGGUCCAUUGCUGGCUACUUGGUGGCUAAGAUGAUGCUUGAUGAUCCAUCUCAUUUGGGCAUGAUAUCUCUGGAAGAAGAUAAACAGCUGAAGCCCCUUUUUAAAAGAUCCUUGUCAUGGUCCCAUUGA